AGUGGCCUCACCUCCCUCCAUCUUGCUGCCCAGGAGGACAAGGUGGUUGUCAGUGAGAUACUGACUAAACAUGGAGCCAACCUGGACCAGCAAACUAAGGUAUGGACCAGGCGGUGUCAGAGGAAGGCCCUCAAAAUUGUCAAAGACUCCAGUCACCCUAGUCAUAGACUGUUCUCUCUGCUACCGCACGGCAAGCGGUACCGGAGUGCCAAGUCUAGGUCCAAAAGACUUCUCAACAGCUUCUACCCCCAAGCCAUAAGACUCCUGAACAGCUAAUCAUGGCUACCCGGACUAUUUGCACUGCCCCCCCACCCCAUACUUUUUACGCUGCUGCUACUCUGUUAAGUAUUUAUGCAUAGUCACUUUAACUCUACCCACAUGUACAUAUUACCUCAACUAGCCGGUGCCCCCGCACAUUGACUAUGCAACGGUACCCCCCUGUAUAUAUAGCCUCCCUACUGUCACUUUAUUCUAUUGUAUAUAUAGCCUCCCUACUGUCACUUUAUUUUUACUUCUGCUCUUUUUUUCUCAACACUUUUUUUGUUGUUGUUUUAUUCUUACUUUUUUUGUUUAAAAUAAAUGCACUGUUGGUUAAGGGCUGUAAGUAAGCAUUUCACUGUAAUGUCUGCACCUGUUGUAUUCGGCGCAUGUGACCAAUAAAAUUUGAUUUGAUUUGAUUUGAUUUGAUUUGGAAUGUACAUUCAUUUAAUUUGAGCAUAGAAUGACCAUUGUACUGGAAUGAUGAUAAGGCCCUAUUAUUUAUCUUUGAUAAUGUUAGGAGAUGUGUUUUGAAACUAACUGUGAUUUACUUUUCUCCUCCAGUUGGGCUAUACUCCACUGAUUGUAGCGUGUCACUAUGGAAACGCCAAGAUGGUCAACUUCCUCUUACAGAACGGUGCUAGCGUCAACGCCGAAACCAAGGUAAUAAACCAUACACAAAACUGCCACAGUGCAUUUAUAAUGGGGUUUGUUGCAUAUGGAAAUGUAUAAGAAAGGUAUAUAGUGUAUGAUAAAGCACAUAAGCACUUUUUCACUGUGUUAUGAAUGUUCAAUAAUGCAUGCUUUACUUUAACAGAAAAUAUCAAGUGCUAGCCUAAGGGUUCACAUUUGAAUCUCUUAAAUGUUCAGGCCUUGCCAGACAGUCAUUACAGUCAGUACUUUCUCUUCUCAGAAUGGGUACACUCCCCUCCACCAAGCAGCACAACAAGGAAACACACACAUCAUCAAUCUACUGCUGCAGAAUGGAGCUAAGCCCAACAACAUCACUGUGGUGAGUGGACUAGCUGCUGAAAACACACACACACACACACACACACACACACACACACACACACACACACACACACACACUUAUAUGUCUUUCUACCAUCCUAACAGAAUGGUAACACAGCUCUGGCCAUCGCCCGGCGACUGGGCUACAUCUCUGUGGUGGACACACUCAAGGUGGUCACCGAGGAGAUCAUUACCUCGACAACCGUGAGUGAUUCAACUAUCUCAGUCCAACAGCUCCUCACAUCUUUUGUCUGAAAUCACAGUAUUUACACAUGGUGUUUAUUUAGCUUGUAAGGGGCAAUUCCUAACUUCCACUUAAGUCGAAUUUUCACAUAGUUUUGCAUUAAUGUCAAUGGUAGACUAGUUGUAAUGAGAUGUGUCUGUUUAUGUCGUCUAGACGGUGACAGAGAAACACAAGAUGAACGUUCCUGAGACCAUGACUGAAGUCCUGGAUGUGUCUGAUGAGGAGGGUGAGUUUAACACUUGAUCCAGUCACUAGCCUACUGUAUAUGACCACAACCAUGUAUAGAGACAGUCAUUCUAAACUUCAGUCUAUUUAUGUGGUUGAUUUAGUGGUUUGACCUACUGUCACCUCAGUAAGCCUGACUUCAAACCCUGUCCCAGUUUCCCUCUACACUCUUAGAAAAAAAGGGUUCAACCUGGAACCAAAAAGGAUUCUCCAAUGGCGACAGCCAAAGACACACUUUGUUCUAGUGUAGACACUAACCUACUACUAGGCUAUCUCAUUUAGCCUGCCCCAAGUCCUUCCCGUUUCUCCAUAGCCCAAUCCUAGUGUGUGUUUGUUGUGGUCGGCUAGUUUCUCACUGUACUGCAUACUGUACAGGCCUGCAUACUGUACAGGCCUGCAUACUGUACAGGCCUGCAUACUGUACAGGCCUGCAUACUGUACCCACAGGGCUGAAACAGAAUGAGGAUGCUGUUUUGUCUGAUGACUCCAUGGAUUUAGAAGGUACACCGUGUCAAGGUUGCCGUGGGGAUUGCUAUUGAUGAGUGUGUGGCGGUUUGUUGUGGUUGUGGUAAUUCGCACGGUGUGAGCUUCCUCUGCGAUGGUUGUGUAUAACAAGCUGCCAUGGAUGAGUCUUAGAGUAUAUACUUGAACCUACACCCAACCUCAACCACUGUUGGUAUGGGGUUUUGAUUCAUACACAGUGCGGUGAAAUCAAGAUCGUGACACACACAUUUAGGGCCACUUGUCUAAAUGGGAAAU